AUGGCGUUUGCUGCUGGAGACGCCUCCCGAUUCGUCGGGAUUGGUAUCUGUUCGGACUCGAGCGCGACCUGCCUCAGCUCAUUCAUAAGCUAUCAGGUGUUCAAUGGCAACUGGAAAAGCACAAGGUGCAAUUUCCCUGCUAAUAGCGGCGAUCAAAACAAGGGUGGAUUGGGUGGCAAAUUAAAUAAGGUCGUUUUAGCUUAUAGUGGUAGUCUGGAUGCAUCUGUCAUUGUCCCAUGGCUCAAGGAGAACUAUGGUUGUGAAGUCGUCUGCUUCACCGCUGAUGUUGUCCAGGGUGCCAUUGAAUUGGAAGGAUUGGAUAAGAAGGCAAAAGCUAGUGGUGCAUGCCAGCUUGUUGUGAAGGACCUGAAAGAAGAAUUUGUUAGUGAAUAUAUAUACCCCUAUCUGCGCGCUGGUGCAGUCUAUGAAAGAAAGUAUCUGCUUGGUACUUCAAUGGCUAGGCCUGUUAUUGCUAAGAUGGAGUUCUGGAUCAGCGUGCUGCUCACCAGCCUCGGCUACCUCCGCGGUGUCCUCUACACCGCGACGACGACGACUAUGUCUACGUCGCCUGACCAAUGGACGGAUGCCCGUGGUGCUCUGCCAAUGGUUGAUGUUGCCAAGGAAGUUGGUGCAGAUGCAGUUGCUCAUGGAUGCACAGGGAAAGGCAAUGAUCAAGUUCGCUUUGAGCUUACAUUUUAUGCUUUGAAUCCUGAACUUAAAGUGGUGGCACCUUGGAGGGAGUGGGACAUCACAGGACGUAAAAGCUAUGCGUUUGGUAGAUUGGACCGGUGCUUGAAGGAGAGCUUGUUGGAGGAGCACGUGGGUGAACCGAUCUCAUUGGAGGAGAGGUCCAGCGAGAGGAUCUCAGAGAGGAAUUGCUUGAGCGGGGAGGUAUCUGGAGAUUGGCAUCAUCGCAGGCGUUCCUGUUUCCAUCAACGGACAAUCCCUCUCCCCCGCAUCCCUCCUCGCAGGGCUCAACGAAAUCGGUGGGAAGCAUGGCAGCUCGGUGACCCUGAAGCUGUACAGGGGCUCGGCGAGCGUCGCGUCCCGGAAGAGCCCGUUCAGCCUGUACAGGGAGGACAUCUCGUCGUUUGA